AUGGGAAAAAGGAAGAGCGACUAUAACAAAAAGGGAAAUACUCAACCUUUAAAUGAUAAUGGCGAUAGAUUCUUGUGUUUAGAUAACGACACUUUUGUUAACUAUUAUAAGAGGCAAAGUUUUCUUCGUCCCGAAGAAUUUGCUAGUUUUCUUCAGUCUUUAAGGACACCGUUGCCAAUCUCUUUUCGCAUUGUUAACUGUAAAUUAAAUGUAUAUGUUUUACAAAAAGUUUUGGCAGAUUAUAUCUUUCCCACUCUUAAGGGAGUCUUUGCGGAGGAUAAAAUUUUGAUCCCCUCGGUGGUGUCAUGGUACCCGCAUCAACUCGCUUUUCAGUUGGAAGUUCCCCGGACAUUAAUGCGCAAGGAUUUGCGCAUGAAGGAAUUUCAAAAUUUUCUUGUAAAUGAAUCUGAAAAAGGGGCCAUAUGCCGGCAAGAAAUAGUCAGCAUGGUUCCGCCUCUGCUUCUUGCUGUUCAGCGAGAUUGUAAGGUUCUUGAUCUUUGUGCGGCACCAGGAUCAAAGACUUGCCAACUUAUCGAGUAUUUGGACGGUUGCGGGGAUGCCACAUUAGUAUUGGCCAACGAUUCUAACAUAAAGCGGUGUCAUCUGCUUGUCCACCAGACGAAACGUUUGAGAAGCCCCAAAGUUAUUGUAACCAAUCAGGAUGCUUCUUGCUUUCCGUCUCUGUACGCUAUUACUGGGGAUCGCCUAGUAAAAGCUCUCAAGUUUGACUGCAUACUGGCAGACGUUCCGUGCAGCGGAGACGGUACACUGCGGAAAAAUCCCUUUCUUUGGGCGGACUGGAAGCCCAGCGGUGCUCAUGGCUUGCACCUACUUCAGUGCCGCAUCUUGUCUCGAGGCGUCGAGAUGCUGGCCGAGGGUGGUGCGCUGUGCUACUCCACGUGCUCGUUCAACCCCGUCGAAAACGAAGCUGUGGUUGCCCACGUGUUAAAUAAGUUUAAUGGUGAAGUUGAGUUAAUUGAUGUUGGCGACCGCCUUCCAGGUUUACGGCGGGUUGGUGGCGUAUCCACGUGGGUGGUGUGCAGUGUGGUCGAUGGCCAGCAAGCCUUCUUCACUUCUUAUAUCGAAGUUCCGGAAAAGUUGCGUAGUCAACUCAAACCUUCUAUGUUUCCACCAGAAAAUAUCGGCCUGCUCAACGUCGAAAGAUGCUUUCGAAUUCUUCCUCAUCAUCAAAACACUGGUGGCUUCUUUAUUGCUUUGCUUAGGAAAACAAAAGUGCGUCCAGGAAGACCAGUCGCGCUCAGCGAGAAUUCUUUUGACCAUGAAAAAAGGAAAAUUACGAAUGAAAAGAAUUCGUUUUUUUUUUUAACAGGAGAGGAAUCCUUUUUGAAAAUAAUAUUAGAAACUUUUGGUCUGGAUGAAAGUUUCCCCGUGAAAAAUCUUUUUGUGCGUCACGAGAAGCCUUCGCGUUCCGUUUACUUUGUGACCGAGAGCGUCAGGCGCGUAAUAUUAAUGAAUGCCCGCAACGUCAAGUUUAUCAAUGCUGGCGUGAAAGUGUUUUGUCGGUGCGAUUCAGCGGAAGAGAGGGCUCCUCACUAUCGUUUGGUUCAAGAAGGCGUGGACUUAAUUGCUCCUUACAUGCAGAAACAACUUGUUUAUCUCCAUCGAGAGGAUGCAAUUCUCCUUCUGGCAAAAGGGUCGGUGAAGGCAUCUGAGCUAAGCUCAAGUUUCGCAACUUCUGCUACUGGUUGUAAGACCGGAUCCAUUUGUGGCGCCCUCAAAGUUCAAACUACUGAAGGUUCAGCUGAAGAGGCAGUUUAUCUCUGCCUUUGGAGAGGCAAAGAGUCGUUUGUGGCCAUGCUGGAAAAGUGCGAGGCUAAGUCCAUGUUGAUUCUGCUAGCGGGACCUGUUCGAGCUGCUGAAUUGUGGGAGAAGCACAGAAACUAAUUUUAAAUCCUUUGAGGGGUUGGCCCGCGUUAGUAUUAUAAAGUGCAUUAUUUCAAGGAGUGUUACAGGUUUCUUAAGCGCUCUGGAUUCUGCUCUCACCCCUUGUUAUAUAGUCAUUAUUU